UAAUCUCACAUUCUCAGAACCAAGAGUGAACGAGAGUUUCAUUUCAUAAUUGAGAGUGAGAGAAAAAAAAAGGAGUGUUCUCAUUUUUCAGUUUUCAAGAUUUUACUGUUGUAGUCUUCUUUUUCACACCCCCCUCUCCCUCUCUUUACAUCCCCGCUUCUCUGUAUCCCUUUCUGUUAAUCAUCUGUCUUUCAUUCUAUAAUAUUUUUUUCGAGUUUUUCUCUUAAAAAACUAUACCCAGAAAAAGUCAGGUGUUUUCAGAAUCGAGAUCCAGUUUUCUUAAUUUUUUUAAAAAAAAAAUUAUUUUUAAUUUUGAAAAUUUUAGUUUAAUCUUUUCUCAUCUUUGAACCAGCCAAGAGGGUUGUUUUUUUAUCCCUCAAAGCUUUUUCAAUUUUUAAAAUAUUUUCUGGAACAAAGAGGUUGUCUAUUUUAAACCUCUUUCACCAAUUUCUUAUUUUUUUCCAAUUUUUUUUACCAAACACAGGUUAAUUUUAUCUAAGAUCUGUGUUUUUUUAAUUUUUAAUUUUUUUGAUAAAUUAGUUUAUGGCAGGUAGAAUGGAUUUCUUCAACAAUUCACAAGAUCCAUUUAAUGGUGAGUUAAUGGAAGUACUUGAACCUUUUAUGAAGAGUUCUUCCACUACUACACCCUCUUCAUCUUUAUCUACACCUCCUUCUCUAAAUUCACACCUCCCUUCAACUUCAUCUCCAUUUUACUCUUCUACCCCUACCUAUUUCACCCCCUCUUUUUCCUCCCCUUCUUUUCCUCCUCCACAGCCCAAUUUAUACACAGAAAACGGUUAUUGUUCAUCCAUGAUGAAUUACCAAUUUCCCUCGGGUAAUUCUUCAUCAACCAGCCAAAAUUUCAUAGGCUUUGAACAACCACAACCAAAUUCUGCAAUUGGGUUAAACAACUUAACUCCAUCUCAAAUCAAUCAGAUCCAAGCCCAGAUCCAGUUUCAGUCUCAACAAGUCAAUCCAAAUUUGAGCUUUCUUGGGCCGAAGCCCGUCCCGAUGAAACAGCCCGGUGCACCUCCAAAGCCGACGAAGCUUUACAGAGGUGUAAGGCAGAGACAUUGGGGAAAAUGGGUGGCCGAGAUAAGAUUGCCCAAGAACAGAACAAGGCUCUGGCUUGGAACUUUUGAUACUGCUGAAGAAGCUGCUUUAGCUUAUGAUAGAGCUGCUUAUAGAUUAAGAGGUGAUUUCGCUAGGCUUAAUUUCCCAAACAUGAAAGACCAACAAGGUAUGUUUGGCGAGUUCAAGACUUUGCAUUCGUCUAUUGAUGCUAAACUUGAUGCUAUUUGUGAGAGUUUAGGCGGUGAUGAUGCGAAGAAAUCAGGGAAAGUGGAGAAAAAAGUGAAAGCAUCUAAGAAGUGUUUGAAAAAAGAGGCUCAAGUUCAAGUUCAACCGAUUGUUGUUGAGGAUGAUGAUAACAAUAAGAAGGCUGUUGUUGAAAACUCUCUGUGUUGUUCUAGUGAAGGGUCUGAUGAUUCUUCUCUACUUUCUGAUCUUACUUUUGGUGAUUCUGGUGAGCCAGAGUGGGAACAGUUUAAUCUGCAGAAGUUUCCUUCUUAUGAGAUUGAUUGGGAUUCUCUUUGAAAGAUAAGAUGAUAGGGUUUUAGUGGUGGUGGCUACUGCAAUUUGAGUAUUUGAAAAUUGUAGUGCUGCUUCAUUCUUCUAUGUUAGGUUUGGAGUUAUUUGUAUUAUUAUGUGAAAUAUGUUGUAAAUCUAUUUCUACCUUGGUCAGCUGGCUUUUUUACUUGCAUGGCUAAGGAGAAUGACUUCGGCUUAGGAUUUAUAUAUGUAUUGAUGUUGGUCAUAUAGUAUCUUACAUUAUUCAUGUAAUUUGAUUCUAAUGAGAAUACAUUUAUGUACUAGUACUUUAUUACUUA